CGGGGAAUCGAACGAUUUUUAAAGAUAAAGUGAAUAUAUAAUCAUGCACGUCUUGAUAGAACUUAAAAUCCGAGCUUAGAUUCCAGAACGCUGUCGCAAAUAUUUUUCAAUUUCUUCCUGACGGACAACCUAUCCUUAAUAAUGGCCACGAACAACUUUACCCCUUUUUUAGCUUCAUAUAAUGAGCUUGUCGAGCAGUGGCGGUUGCGACUUCGUAUACUAAAGGGCAUGGAAAAGAAAGCAGUGGAUGAUGCAGAGCUUACACGGUUGAUUUGGGUUUUCAAACAGUCUUGCGUUGAGUUUCAAAAUUUUCAGACCAAGUUGGAUUACUUUAGCGCAGAAUCUCCAUCUGUUGAUCUCUUCAAUCACUGGCAAGAACUGAGCUCUGAUUUCAAUAAGAUUCGAGCUUGUUUUGCUGCUCUUGAACUGAGCAAUGACAGGUGCCACCGUUCCCGAAUGGCUAAACCAUCUCGUCUUACCACAGUCGAUCCAUCUCGCGCAUCUGUCGAUUUUCCCAAUACUUAUGACAGCAGAUCGAAUACUACCAAUAUGGGAGGCUCAAGGAUCCUUAAGAAGAAGCCAAGAAAGCUCAUAAUCUCCAUUCCUGUUCACAUAGUCGAGGGUUCGUUUUUCGACGGGUCCAAAAAACCGCGGAUUGUAACAAGAGAGCCGGGGGAGUUGACCUUGAUCUUUCGAGUGAGCAAAGAGUAUCUAAGCUUAAAUUCACGACCUCCGGUAGAUAUGGAAGAGGAAAUGCGACUUUCUGUUUUGCGGUGUCAGAAAGCCGAAGAAGAAGAGGCAAGGAAGCAAGCAGAGGCAACUGUGGAGGCAGCGCGGAUAGCAGCGACUCAAAAAUUAGAAUUUGAAGCAAAAGUUCAAGCCGAACUUGAAGCAGAGGCCCAAGCAAAAGCUGCAGCAGAAUCUCAGGCAAAAGCUGAAGAGGAAGCUCAACUUCAGCAGGCCGCCAGCCAAAUUCCAUUCAAUUCUGAUGAUUCAGCUGGUCUGGAGAGCUGCAAGCAGGCUAUCAGUGAUGGCACUAUGACUGCACCAAUGUCAAGAUUUCAAGCCCCUGACAUGGAGGAAAUUCGACAAGCUCUAAUCACUACCACGAACCAGAUGUACAUCAGUCAUAAACAAACAGCCAAAGCUUCCAUGAUCAAGCGCCGAGUUAGGAAGCAGCUCAACCUUGGUCAGAACUUCUUUGAGGAGAAUGGUUGGCCAAAACGAUGUGAAAUAAUCAUUUUGAGGGCAUUCAAUGAUGCAUGGUCUUCUGGACUCUUGGGAUAUUAGAUUUAGUCUGUGGGGAAAACUCGUUGAUCUCUUUUAUCUGAAAAUUCUUUAACGGCGCUGCUAGGUUAUCAUUUAGGGUUGGAGGCAGAAGUCUAUGGAGUCGAGCAAUCAUUAUCGUUACUUGCUAGGAAUUGCGUCAAUAUGUUUUUGCGAUUCGUGGUCACAGCUGGGAAAGGCAUUCUCCACAGAAUAUUAC